GUGCACAGUGAUCACUAUUCUGAUACCCCUUCUCCUCCCUAGUCCAUGUAACUGGUCCGUGUCCCCUACCGUGUCAUGUGAACAGGUCCUUGAGCCAUCUCUUUAUGGCAUGGCUGUACGUCGCUCUCAUAAGUGGGGGUUUGGGGGCCGUCAUAGCCCUUUCCCUCACCCUCUUCGCUCUGCUCUUCCUUAAGAAGAAGAAAAAGUACAGACCGUUCGAGGAGCGGAGACAGGAGUUCAUGAGGAGCAACAGCAAACAUCUCACGCCUGAUGGUAGGAUAUCACGACCAGAGAGCAUGAAUUGGUUGAACCUGAUGAUAAAACUGUUUUACGAGACCAAUAGAAAUGCUAUUUUCGUAAAGAUGAAGGAGAUGUUAGAUCCGAUUCUUGCUGAGGUCAAACCUGGAUACAUAUCUAAGAUUGUUCUUACGCAGUUUGAUUUCGGAACUUCAACUCCAGUAAUAGAGGGAGUGACGGGAUCUGAUACAAGAUCUGAAUCACAGCACGAUACCAACGGAGGGAGCCCUGAGCCUGGCUCCUACAAUCCUAAACGAUUCUACAUUCUGGAGAUGCGACCCGUUAUUAGCUCUAACGACUUUAAGAUGAUGUUCAAGGUUGAAUUUAAGAUAAAGAACUUGAGUAUAGACGUGCUGUUGAAGGACGUGCAUUACUGUGGGAAGUGUAAAUUUGUGGUGGAGCUAGACAAAACUAAAGCCUUCCCCUGCAUCACUCGUGUCUUUAUCACUCUGAUGGAGCGACCAAAGGUAAGCCUUCCCCUGCAUCACUCGUGUCUUUAUCACUCUGAUGGAGCGACCAAAGGUAAGCCUUCCCCUGCAUCACUCGUGUCUUUAUCACUCUGA